AUGAAGCCGAUAACUGUGCCUUUGUUGUUCGCGGUGGUAUUUGUGGUGCUCGCAUCGAUCGACUGCAAGCCUUGGAAAUCCAAGUCUCGAUUAACCAACCUCAAGUGCACCACUUAUGAUGAGAGUUUUGCCAAGUUCGAGAAGUGCAGGCUGAAUGUCCUUGGCAGAGGCAUUAUUGCCGGCGAUAUAUACAUUACGUUGCUUAAAUUGCCAAUCAAUAAUAUUCACAUCAACUGGAGCAUAUGGCGUCGCUACAAUACAUACCAGCCCUUUCUGCAUAAUAUCAGCUGCAAUCUUUGCGAGCUUAUAAGAAAUGUAGAAAAAAAGGUUACGUUCGAGGUCUUGGUGCUGAAAGCCAUACAGUUACACUCCAACUUGAACCACACGUGUCCAUAUAAUCACGAUAUUAUUGUGGACAAGUUGGUGUUCACGGACGAAAUGCUGCAUUCGUUGCCCCUGCCCCAAGGGGAGUACAAAAUACAAUUGCGGUUCAUGGCUGCCAAAAAGUGGAAACUGAUGGUCGAAGCGUUCAUACUGCGAGAUGAAUAACGAAUCGCAAAAAAUAAAUAUAGUAACUGCAUUAUAUUGCAAGACAUUCACUA